AUGGUAGAACCCGAGACGGAUCGUCCGGAAAAUGCAGAGCAAACAUCCGAACAACCGCCGGGUGAUGAGGCUGGACCGGACAUCUUUGAAAGGCGCGACUCAUUAGACUCCGAGACAGGGCGUGCUGUAAAUCAUGAUGCAGGCACUGGCGCAUCAUCAGGCGAUGAUGUUCCGCUUGAACUUCCAGUUGAGCUGGCGAGCUUGAGUGAUAGAUUCGUCGAGUCUCUAAGUGCUAGAGUACAUACGCUCCCUCCAUCCAUCGAAAGAAUAUCGUCUCUAUUUCAAGAUUUCUAUAUCAAGACCGACUCACACAUUGCCACACACAUCUCGACUCUUGCGUCCCGCAUCAAUCGAGAUGGCUCACCGUCCAAAUCAGGUCCCACCACGGCAACACAGCAAAUGUUGACUGUUUCCGAAAUAGCAGAAAGACGGAAAGCACGAAAACAGUUACCAUUGAAACAGCUGGCACUGGAAGAAACUGUCGAAAGACGAGUCUGUGAAAAGGUCUAUGACAAGCUAUGGCGCCACAAAAGUACCAUGGAUGAAGUGAGAGAUGAGAAGCUACGCUCCAAAACCGCAGCCCUAUCGCUCCUGGGUAUGGGGUUGAGGGACUUGGGCAUCGAGGUGACCGAAGCAAAUGAAGAAAAGGAGAAAGAAGCGAACACGAUACUUUCAGCCGCUGGUGACGACUUGAAGAAGAUGAGUGACGCACAUUACCCAUUGGGCAAACUUCAACAUUUGAUCUCGGCACACAAAUCAAUUGUGGAUGCAUUGACGGUGCUUUUGGGAUCGUCGUCCUCUGCAGAUGAGAUUCUGCCAGCUCUUAUAUACACGUUGAUCACGUCGCCUCCGGAAGGCAUAAAUGUGAUCAGCAAUUUGUCAUUUAUCCAGCGUUUCAGAUCUGUCGGCAAAAUAAACGGAGAGUCAGCUUACUGUCUGACAAAUCUAGAAGCUGCAAUCAGUUUUCUAGAGUCUGUUGAUCUCAGCAGUCUCAACACAGAUGCCCCCGCCGACGGACAGCCUCGAUUGCUCAACGCAGCAACAACUCCCCCGGCCGAGCUUUCCAGUACCGUGCGGGCUCCAAGGUCAGGAAAAGUGACGCCUUCUGGGACACUUCCACGAACUCAGCUGUCUGCACCAGCAGCUCAGCAACGGCGCUUGAGCAAUCUUUUCCAACCGCCUGCAAAGGUGUUGGGUGCUGCUAACGAUGCGGUGCGCAAUACCGCCGACCAGGGACUAAAGAAUAUUAGCAAUACCUUAGACAACAGCUUCAAUUUCUUGUUUGGGCGACUGAAAGAAAUGCAAAACAAUCGUGGAAUCAAUGAGCAGACUCUAGUACCAAAGACAUUAGACGAAGCUCGACGUCUUGUGACGAGUCCAACGGUGCUGAUUGAGAGCGAUUUGAGGAAUGAGGAAACCUCUCUGACGCCUGAAUCGAAGGAAGGGUUUAUGCAGCGGCCGACGCUCCAGCCUGAGGACAGACGGUAUACUGGAAGAGAGGGCCGGAGAACCCCAAGAGAUCGAAGCGCAGAUAGUGCUCGAAGUAACGGGACAAGUGGCACUCAGAGAGUUAACACACUCCCUGCAGGGCGCCUCCAUAGUACCUCCACACCAAGUCCAGGUGGCGGUGGCUCCUUCACCUUUAGCCCUAGCCCAGUGACGACCCCAUUAGAGUCAAUGAAGAACUUUGGAAAUACAUUCAAUCCCCUGAGCCAUAUCCCAGGAAUGAUUCGAGGAUUCGGCCGCAAUGCCCCAGAGACGCCACCAUCUGCUCCUACUACCGCUACCACCACGGGUACACUGCCCGAACGACCUAGAUUGACGUCUUCUUCAAAGAUAGACGCAAGGUCCUCACCGCUGACAACAUCAACAAUACCAUUUCCGGCAGCAGAUUUAUCACAGUCGGAUCCACCGAUUCGACGAUUCCUUGAAGUCGAUGAUCCGCAAGAUCUGCGUAUUGGUGAUGUCGCCGAACUGUUGCAGGAUUAUAAGAGGCUUGCGGCUAUGUUUGUUGUUGAUCGGGCUUCGAAAGAGUGA